AUGGUGUUCAUAACGGAGGAAGAAGCUGGAAAACGAAGAGAGAAUGGAGUUGCUGGAAGUGGAGCGGGUGGACCCAAGAAAGAGGUGGGAGAUACGCCUGUCAUGUCCAUCAGUGAAAUUGACAAGGAUGGUGACGAUGAGUCCGGUGAGGAACCAGGAGAAUAUGACCAGGUGGAACCGGAUUACACACGGAAUUACUGGGAGGAUGAGGAUGAUAUCUACCAGGAGUUUGAGGAAUUGGACUUUGAGGCCCUGUCGGAUAACUUGGACACAAGGAGCAUCGCCUCAGACGAUUCCUUCUACCCCAUCGACAGUUCAGUGGGCUGUGUCAGUCAUGGCUCCACAAGCCCGGAGCCUAUUUCCUUCUUUAAGGCCUGCUGCAAGAACAACGCCAUCAUUGUCAAGAUUAUGAUCAGGCAAGGAGUGACUGAGGAGGAAGUGAAGGAGACGGACAGGAACAGAAGAUCUGCACUGAUUGUAGCUUGUUACCAUGGCUACGUGGAUGUGGUCAUCGCCCUGGCUCAGUGUCCUUACCUUGAUGUCAACUGGCAGGAUAAUGAGGGUAACACUGCCCUGAUUACUGCAGCACAAGCAGGUCACCUGAUCAUCUCCUACUACCUGCUGAACUACUUUCCCGGUCUGGAUAUGGAGAGGCGGAACUGUCAUGGCUUCACAGCUUUGAUGAAGGCUGCAAUGCAGGGUCGGGCCGACUGCUGCAGGAUGCUCAUUAUGACUGGAGGAGACGUCCAAGCCCGGGACAGCGGCCGCAUGAUGACGCCCAGAGAGUGGGCUCUCUUCACAGGCCGCUAUGAGACGGCAUACCUGAUGUAUCAGCUCAUGCUAAAGCCAUGUGCUGAACAGUUCUGUGACUCCUUCAACCUGGAGUGGCCGAUGCUGGAGGAUUUGGUUGCCCAGGCUCAAGAGCCAAAGACCUGUUGGAAGCGUUUCAUCAACCUUCUGUCCUGUUGGCCUUACAGGUUUUACCUUAGCAACAAGGUAGACCCUGUGGAUGACGGCGUUCUAGAUCACAUGGUCAGAAUCACCACCGCCCUCAACGGCCCUUUUAUUGCCACAGCCUGUCGGACAGUGUGCCCAGGAAGCCCUCCGUGCAUUGGGAAGCGGCGUCAUGCGGUGCAGGAAAUUCUCCGGAGACAACGCUUGGCAGAGCUGAAGCACCUCGGCCCAGACAGACUGAACCACUACAAGACAUUUUUCCAGAAUUCACGUGUCCUCCUCAUCCCCAAGGCGAGGGAUCGCAGGGCCAGCCUCCAACCUCAGCUCCUGACCGACAUGGCUGCGGCUUCCACGGUGGCCAUGAGGCGGGCCAGUCUGCUGCCGCUUCAUUUGUUGAGGAGAAGCAGCGUGCGACCGGGCAUCGUCAUUCCCAAGGUCAGGCUCUGCAAGGCCCCGGCUCCUUUGUUCAUACCGGAGAAUCUCAAACAGACACAGAACUAUCAUCACCUUCAAAUCCCAAAGUGGGACUACAAGAUGAAGAGGAUAGAGAGAAGGAAGGAGGAGAGACAAAGAAUGACAAGGAGAAGAUGACCACUCUGGUUAGCCUGCGUGCUAACCACUUGUCCGCCGUGCAGCCUAUUUUUGGACUAUUUCACCUGUAAUCAUAUUGGAAAAAUUCAAUAUAACAACUCCUGGAAAAAGAUCAGUUGUUGUGUGCUGAUUCCCGGGUAAAGCCCAGCUCGUGGAGACCCAAAGAUAGGAAAAAGAGAAUUCUUUGGGGUUGUACUAAUAAAAACUAAAGGAAUAUCCAAAAACGUUAUUGUCUUCCCUAUGGCAGAGUGUAUAGAUCAGGGGUCUCAAACUCAAUUUACCGGGGGGCCACUGGAGCUAGGGUCUGGGCAAGGCUGGGCCGCAUCAGGUUUUCCAAAAAAAAAAACGCAUUUAUUAAAAACAGAAAAAUGUACAAACUUAU